GUUCCUUAAGUAUUUACCCUCAAAACCAACUUCCUUCUUUUAGCCUACGUGCAUAUAUGCACACAUAUACUAAAGUAUGUUCACCGUUAUCCCUUUUUGGGAUUUACUCUUAGUACUCUUCUAAGUAGUAAUCCCAUUUCUUCUAAUCCAAUCCUCCCUCCUCUUCCUCCCCGACAUGCUCUCUCACACACAAACACACACAUGUAGCCUACAUUCUCUCAUUUAGACCAGCGGCCAUUCAUGUUGUUGGACUACUGCUGUCGUUGUUUUGGACUCACGCUCAUAAAACGCCAUGGACCCCUCUCCCUCAAGACUACACCCAGCGAUACCUUGGUUGUCCUGCAGAAUCUGUUGAUGUGCAUGAUCUGCUUCUACUCUCUCUACUACAUCGUGGUCAGUGUCUGCAUCGGACUGCUCAGGGUUCAUGAGAUCAACAGCUUGUUGGCUCCAUUUGACUACACAACACAACCGUCAUGGCAGAACCCCAAAUACCUCGUUGGUGUAAUCUCCACAGAAGUGACCUAUGUUUUGGGAGGGCUGGUGUUCGCCUGGAUCGUAGAGGAGUGGGUUUGGGAUUACGCCAUAACUGUCACACUGCUGCACGUCGCGAUGACUGUAGCAGUGAUGUCAGACUUCCCUUCAGCUGAGCACUGGUGGAUAGCUCUGGGUUCAGGCCUGGUGAUGAUGAUAUUCGGAGGACAGCUCAUGGCCCAUAAACUCUUCAGAAGCAACUUUGUCUAUCCAGCUGAACUACAGAACUUCUAGUGAACACAAUGAGGAAAGCUUUUAACUGGCUCACUGGUUAGUCUCAGGUCCGGAUACAUCCCAAAAGGGGUUCACUUAUCAAAGAUUGUACUGCUAGCUUCAUGUUAACAUCAAUAUGAGCAACUACAGUAUUAUAUGUCUAUCAAGAAUAUACUGUACAUGUUACAUAAAGCAACCACAAGAAACACUUUCUCUAUAGAUUGUUCUUUAGCUGAUAGUCACAUCCCUCCUUGUACAAAUGGCCCAACUAUUUUCUAAAGCAUAUUCUGUACAGUUUAAAUAUUAUUUUGUAUUGUUUCUUUACAAACUUCAUACUAUAAGCUAAAGGUAAUAGAAGAGAUGAAACUCAUUCUGUGAAAGACUGGAUUUACAGCUGCUAAAUAUGGCAAAUCUACUGACUGAUAUUUUUCAAAUGGUGAGUUAAGUUAAUGUUAGUGUUAGAUUUACACUGGAUGUGUCUCAUACUAAAUUUGUAGUGUAUAGUGUUGUAGUCUGACAAUUUUACCUGUAUUUUAAUGCUGGUUGUUUAUAUUAGUUAAAUUGGAUUUACAUUAAAUACUUUGAGCAAAA